CCGCUUUAAGGUGGUGUCCCUCCCCUAUCCGCUCCCUGCAGGUGACCCUUGUCCGCCUGCCUACUUACCCCCCACAAGCUGGAACCAAGAAGGCUGUGUCCCCCUUCCUCUGGGCGUCCUUCCCUGUCUCCUGCCGUCAGGUAAUGCCAACCUUGACCCCCCCCCAACCAAUUGCCCCAAUCAACCUUUGCUCCCCUGAUCUUAAGCCAGAUCAGACAUCGGAGGGGAGCCCAGAUACUUCUUUCUUCUACCCACAAGGGCUUCCCCUUCUAAUCACCGAUCCCCAGAGCUCUGGCUCCCUCUUCCUGGGGCAAGGAAUUGCUAAGAGCAGUUUCCUUCCGAAGCAUCUGAGAUUUUCACUGAUCUGCCUCUUCACCCUCCUCCCCAGCGUAGGAACACCUGGGUCCAACUUUCCCAGGACAUGUGGGGGUGGGGAUUGGAGGUGAAGCCCAGUGCCAGAUGUAAGGUAGGUGAGAUAGGAGUAUAUGCAGGGAAAAGUUAAAAUGGUACCAGCUGGGUUAGGGAUAGGGUGAAUUAUUUAGAGAAGAAAACAGCUGGGCUUCUCCUUAGCCAUGUGGCUCUUCCAGGGGCAGAGGGUGGCCCCUCCCUACUCAGGGGCCCAGCUAAGACUCACCUUUGACCCCCACCCCAGAGACCAGUGAACCAUUAACUCCUCUCUGAUGUGAGCCUUCCCACUCUGGCCCCACCUCUGGCCCCGCCCCAAGGUGGGGGGGCUAGAAAGCGGGGGCUUGUUGUCAGUCUCAGCCUUCUACCUGACGUGGCCUCCGUUCCACCUGGGCACCUGGUGGCUGAGACCAGGCUCCCCACCUCAACCCUCACCCAGGAAAAUCUUCACCUCCACUGCAAGGCCUGACGGGUACCCGAGGUGAAGGCUCUCAUGCUGCCAGUGGGGGCAGUCCUCAGGAUGUUCUGGGAGAAAUAGCAGCCCGAACCAGAGCCUCUGAUCCCUGUUUCCCCAAUGAUGGGGUCCCCAACGAGUCACCUGCUGGCUGGCCUGUGUGUGUUGGUGAUCUUUGGAUGGGUAGGGGGCUCAUCCGCCAACCUGGGCCCUGCUGAGCAGGAGCAGAACCACUACCUGGCCCAGCUGUUUGGCCUGUACGGGGAGAACGGGACGCUGACUGCAGGGGGGCUUGCGCGGCUUCUCCACAGCCUGGGGCUCGGCCGGGUUCAGGGGCUUCGCUUGGGACACCAUGGGCCUCCACCUAGUCGGGCUGCACCCCCAGCUGGAGACAAUUUCACACACAGGCUGCAGGACCCUGCGCUGAGUGUGGAUGUCUGGGCAGGGCUGCCUCUGGGUCCCUCGGGAUGGGGUGACCUGGAGGAGCCAAAUGCCCCCCACACUCCCCGUGGGCCAGCCCCCUCGGGCUUGGACCUCUUUCACAGGCUUCUGUUGCUGGACCAUUCACUGGCUGACCAUCUUAAUGAGGAUUGUCUGAAUGGCUCCCAGCUGCUGGUCAAUUUUGGCCUGAGCCCUGCUGCUCCUCUGACCCCACGUCAGUUUGCUCUGCUGUGCCCAGCCCUGCUUUAUCAGAUUGACAGCCGCGUCUGCAUCCAGUCCCCCAGCCCAGCGCCCCCACGGGAUCUACUAUCUGCCCUGGUUCAUAGUGCCCUGGCAGUCCUGUUGCUCAGCCUCCCUGCUCCCCUCUCCCUGCUGCUGCUGAGGCUCCUGGGACCUCGUCUCUUGCGGCCCCUGCUGGGCUUCCUGGGGGCCCUGGCCGUGGGCACUCUUUGCGGGGAUGCGCUGCUACACUUGUUGCCACACGCACAAGGAGGGCAACAUACAGGGCCUAGUGGGCGACUGGAGGAGGACCUGGGUCCGGGGCUGUCAGUGCUCGGAGGCCUCUUCCUGCUCUUCGUGCUGGAGAACAUCCUAGGGCUUUUGCGGCACCAAGGACUGAGUCCAAGUUGCUGCAGGUGGAAAAGACAGGAUCUCCAAAGACCAAAUGUGGACCCAGAGGAUGGCCAUGGGACAGCCCUUCAGCCCCUGCAGGCACCUCCAGAGCCAGGGGCUCAGGGCCGGAGGGAGCAGGAUAGCCAGCCAGCCCCUCCUGGGCACCCAGGCCACAGUCACGGGCACCAAGGUGGUGGUGGUACCAACAUCACGUGGAUGGUCCUCCUGGGAGACGGUCUGCACAACUUCACUGAUGGGCUGGCCAUAGGUGCUGCCUUCUCAGACGGCUUCUCCAGUGGCCUCAGCACCACCCUAGCAGUCUUCUGCCAUGAGCUGCCGCACGAACUGGGUGACUUUGCAAUGCUGCUCCAGGCAGGGCUGCCCUUUCAGCGGCUGCUACUGCUGAGCCUGGUGUCUGGAGCCCUGGGACUGGGUGGUGCAGCCUUGGGAGUGGGGCUCAGUGUGGGCCCUGUCCCCCUCACCCCCUGGGUAUUUGGGGUCACUGCCGGGGUCUUCCUCUAUGUGGCCCUAGUGGACAUGCUACCGGCCCUGCUACGUCCUCCUGAGCCCCUCCCUAUGCUCGAUGUGCUACUACAGGGGCUGGGGCUGCUGCUGGGGGGCAGCCUCAUGCUCACCAUUGCCCUGCUGGAGGAGCAGCUGUUGCCCCUGGCCUCUGAGGGCUAACAGGGGCCAGUGGAAAGGGGUGCAGGCUGCCCUUCCUUCCCCCUGACCACAGGAAUGGAGGCGGGACACAGGGCCAGUAGGAGCAAUAGGAUUUUAAUAAACAGAACCCAUCCCAAAGCCAUGACUACGACAGUUGUACUUGCACCGAAACAGCAUAGAA